UAAAUCCAACUUAUCGCAUUGCAUAAAUCACCAUCCAUUAAAUUUUCCCACGCUUUCUUUCUCAAGUAAGCUAAAAACCGCCACGGAAAUGGAGAUGGAGCUUUCUCCACCUGUUUCAUUCACUGCUCCUAUUAUUCUUCUCACACUUGCUAUUGUUUUCGUUGUCACCUUUGCACUAAGACCCAAACCCAAAUCGAGUCUCGCCAAAGAGCUUCCACCAGGGAGCUUAGGGUGGCCAAUCGUCGGCGAAACUCUCGAGUUCCUGUUUGGGAACCCGGAAAAUUUCGUGUUUAAUCGGAUGAGAAAAUAUUCUCCUCGUAUUUUCAAAACAAGGAUUCUCGGCGAAGAAACCGUCGUCAUAUGUGGUCCGGAAGGACACAAAUUUUUGUUCUCAAACGAACAAAAGCUCUUCACCGCUUUCCGACUUCAUUCCACCCAGAAACUAUUCCGAUCUUACCAGUCCUCCUCCGCCGCGUCCGUACAAAGCUCCUUCGACGCAGACUCGAAAAAAAUCUUGCGUUCGCCGGGAUUCUUGAAACCCGAAGCAUUAAUGAGGUAUUUAGGCAAAAUGGACGCCAUAACACAGCAACAAAUGGAGAAAUACUGGGAAAAAAAUGACCAAGUGAAGGCGUUUCCACUCGCAAAGACCUUAACUUUGACUCUCGCAUGUCGUUUCUUUUUAGGAAUCGAUGAACCAGAGCGUAUCUCUAGGCUUGUUAAAAGAUUCGACGAUAUAACUUUGGGGAUGCAUUCGAUUCCUUUGGAUUUUCCGGGGACUGCUUUUUACAAAGCUAAUAAGGCUGCGGCAGCGAUACGGAGGGAGCUUAAGGAGGUUAUAAAAGAGAAGAAAGCUGCUAUGGUGACGGGAGUUGUCAUGCAAGAUAUACUUUGUCAUAUGAUUGUGGCCACCGAUAAGACCGGGAAAUACAUGGCGGAAGCUGAGAUUGCCGAUAAGAUUAUGGGAUUGUUGGUCGCCGGAUACAGCACCGUUGCUACUGCUAUGACCUUCUUCAUGAAAUACGUUGGCGAGAGACCUCACAUCUAUGCCAAAAUUCUAGCAGAACAAUUGCAAGUAGAAGGUGAUAAAAAGGCAGGGGAGAUGUUGGAAUGGGAUGACAUACAAAAAAUGAAAUACUCAUGGAAUGUGAUGUAUGAAGUGAUGAGACUUACACCUCCACUCCAAGGCACUUUCAGAGUGGCCCUCACUGAUUUUACUUAUGCUGGUUACACUGUUCCAAAGGGUUGGAAGAUAUAUUGGACGGUAAGCACAACAAACAAGAACCCAGAAUAUUUUUCGGAACCCGAGAAAUUCGAUCCAUCGAGAUACGAUGAAGGGAACAAACUGCCGCCGUUUACAUACGUUCCGUUCGGCGGUGGGCUUCGAAUGUGCCCCGGAAAAGAGUAUGCAAGAUUGGCUAUCCUCACUUUCGUGCAUAACGUUGUGAAAAGGUUUCAAUGGGAAUUGGUGAAUCCAAAGGAAAAGAUUGUUGGUGAUAUGAUGCCAACACCCGAUAAUGGUCUUCCUAUUCGUCUGACUCCACGCCAUUAAAAGACCUACUAGUUUUCACACCUAGAAAAUUAUAAAGGUUAAAUUGUAGUUUAAGUCCCUCUACUUAAAAUUUGACAUUUAAUCCUUAUGUUUUAGUUUGUCAUAAUUUGAUCUCUGACAUCAGUUACAACAAAUAUUUAAUCAUGAAGGAAAAAUUACGAUGUCUUUUUUUGGUUAAA